AUUCGUUGACAAAUGCAUAAUGAGCUCACUCAAAGACGCACGUGAAUCGUAUGGAGAGACAGUGGUGCAAGGUUGUCCUGUAAAAAUGCAAUCGUCGAACCUUACUGCGACUAGCCAAGCACAACAACGUCAUUCGACUAUUAGAGAAUUUCCACAUUGAAGGAUCAACUUACGUAAUGCCACCGCGUAUGACAAUGAAAGAAUCAAUUACACUAGCAUUUGCGUAAAAGAGGCUAGGUUUGCGAAAGUCAAGGGGAGAGAUAGUAGUAUAUGUCGUGGAUCGCUGGCAAUUUGGCGUGAUGUCGAGGUGUUUACGUGAGCUGCACAGGAGCUGCUAGCCCACAGCCACUUAGUCGUGGAUAAAAAUAUACCUACCUCUUUCUUCUCGUCUACAAUGAUCGAUGAUUUUGCUCGAGUCAUCGACAAGGGUGUUGUAUUGAAACGUCUUCUGAUCGCGAGGUUAGUUUGGAUAUAUCAUUUUUGUAAACAUUGACAGCUUCCCAAAAUGCACAGAUAUAUUCCAGUUGUUGAGCAAUUGGCUAUCCAGUUGAAAGAUAAAAACAAUAUACGACAAGUUUACACAACAUGGGAUAAAAGUAGGACUAAAGAGUAUGAAGGGAGAAAACUAGUGGGAUUUUCCAUGGAACAGAUAUUUGAUGUUGUGGCAGACGUUGCGGAUUACAAAAAUUUCUUGCCCUUUUGCAAAAAGUCUGAUGUGAUUGUUAAGAAAGAUGACUUCCUUAAGGCCAAUCUAGUCAUAGGAUUUCCACCUCUAAAAGAAAGCUACGUGUCACACGUUACAAUGAUGUAUCCACAACUUGUUAAAGCAGAAUGUAAGGAUGGAAAGCUGUUCAAUCACUUGAAUACUUUGUGGAUAUUCACACCAGGUUUAAAGAAUAAUCCUCAAACAUGUGUCAUUGAUUUUUCAUUGUCUUUUGAGUUCAAAUCUUGGUUACAUUCUCAUUUGUCAAAUCUUGUUUUUAAUGAAAUUGUUCGACAAAUGGAAAAUGCGUUUAUUGAUGAGGCUAGAAGGCGAUAUGGCAAGCCUUGCAUAAAAACUGUUAGAUUAGAAGGAUGACAUAUUGUGAAAUACUUAGCUGAAUUACCUUUAUAAUAAUUUUUAUUUUGUAAGAUAUUCUUGUAAAAUAUUGGUUCCAUACCGAACGCUUGUACUUUUACCUCAAUGAAGUUUUUGAAUGCGUUAAAAGAGUAAAAAGAAUCUUUAUCUAAAAAAAAUCUGUACAUAAUUUAAUAUGUAACUGUUGUAAAUACAUACGUUUGACUAUAAA